UAUUAUUCCAAUAUGAGUCGACAGGAGUCUUUUGAUCAGAUCGAAGAAGCUGGGAGUGGCCUUAUUCGGAAUAAAUCGUCUGGAUUGCUUCAGAUUUUCUAAAACUCAAAGGAAAUUAGCCAUUUACAGGAGCUCACUAUACAACAUGAGCCUGAAGAAAACCAGUUUCAUAAUAUUCUUUAUGGAUACUCCUUAAUGAUGCUAUCCGUCUUAGGAAUCACAACAAUGCAUGUCUGAGAGAAAAUGGCCUUUUAUUACAAUCCUGAGUUGACGAGUUUAGAUGGAGUGCUAAUUCUAGGGUUGACAAUGCUACCUAUUACUUUCAUGACAAACAAGUCUAAAGGUGUGACUAUCAAUAUUUUUAAGUAUGAAAGAAGGGUCCAAAUUGCAAUGGCUUUUGCCACCUUGUCUUCUUGAAGUGUUAAUUUCUUCACAAUGUGGGGACUAUCAUUAAUCCCUGUGGGUAAGGGAACCCUGAUUUUCAGCUUGCAUCCUCUUUUUUGCAUCUUAAUUGCCUUUAUUUUCUUGAGAGAGCGUGCCGAGGUUGUUUCAAUAAUCUCCUCUCUUUUAGCUUUUAUUGGGAUAUACUUUUUGACGAUCAACCAAACAGACUCUGAUGGAGAAGAGAACCCAAAUGCAUUUCUUGGAAUUAUUCUGGUGUUCAUAGCUGCGUGGAAUGAAUCGUGAAUCAUUAUUGGACAAAGAGCAUUAGCGUUAUACUCAUCUUUUGGACUUACGACACUUAGUACUUUAGUGUUGAUAAUAUCACCUAGCAGUAUGAUCUUUCCAAACUACGGAUUCCUUGACCUGCUCUUCUGUAUGAUGGUAGGAAUUGGAUGAAUAGCAUGCCAAGGGUUCAUUGGAUGGGCUCUAGAAUACCAAGACUCAUCAAGACUGGCUCCAAUGAAUUACUUUGAAAAUGUGUUCACCUUACUAUCAGAUGUAUUCAUAUUUGGCUAUGUGUUUGUGAUGACUGAUUACACUGGGAUUGCAAUCAUCACAGUUUGACUGUGCACUCCUGCUUUCCUUAAGCUAUGUUUCACGAGUAAAUAAUUCAGCACUCCAAAGC